AGGAUUUGUUUCCUCUGUGAUCCCUCUGUGAUUACGUUUCUUGUGAAUCAUCCUUGAUAGUAUAGUUUUGAGUGUGACAGCCUUGAAGAAACCAUCACUAACAUCUUCCCUCUCAUCAUAGAUACCUCAUUUUAUUUCUGGGCAUUCAUUCUGUGCCAACAUCUUGACCUUGAAACCCAAAACCGUAGCCUGGUGCUCGUCAAGGAAGCGAGCAGAGAUCAGGUGUUUUGAUCCUCGAGAGAAGUUGGGGUGUGACGAGAGUUUUUAGAUAUAAAACCGCGUAGUUUCAGGUCGUGGUCGUGCGCACACUUUCAUUUAGAGUUGUGAACUAGGGUCUCUAUUGCCCCAGCGGCGGGCUCCCCUCGUGAGCCAAUUGGGUCUCCUAGUUAUCGUAGAAAGUGGGCGUCAAGUUGCUUGAAACAAUUUUUGAUUUUGCACUACGGGUCGUGGAAAGAUACUUAGAAGGCACGAGUAGACUACAUCUCCACUAGACUACAUCGAUCUACAUACUAACCAUUGUUAGUCUUCUUGUAUGUGUAAAAACUACUGGUUGGAUCAUUUCGCAUCAUAAGUAUUUGUACGGAUAUUUGUACCACGGAGUAGCUAUUCAUCAUUGUAUCCAUACCGUUAUAAGUGAGUGAAGAAGCAGGAGAAGCAAAAAGCCAAUUUCGUUUUUGAUCUUUUCUGUGGCCGCUGCGGCCUCGCCGCAAGGCGAGUACACACGACUUCGUUGGUUCACGCGUAGAGGACUUUACUAUUCUACAAGUUCAAGUACCUACAUCAGUGCUGUCUUGGGUAGGAGUACUAUAAGUCAAUCUUCCGUAGUAAUUAUAAGUCAAUCUCUCUUCGUCAUCUGCGUAGUUCUAUAGACGAUAGCCUUUACUUUUGGUCUAGCAGCUGCUUUGGUGAGGGUUGAGUCUGCUUUGCAUUGUGGACUCCCCGCCGACGCGCUUCGUGGCCACGACAUUUCGUUCGGCAAGCAAGCUAACAUUGUUGAUAUUGUUGUGCUUGUAAGCUUUUUACUAGGAGGUACUCGCUUUUAUAAUAUUGGCAAGCAAAUUGUUUUUGCUACAGCACCUAUUAUAUAGACUUGGAUAAUAACAACAAGAACAAGGAUGUUGUUUAAUUACAAGUUAUCAAACAUCAAGAUGAUGAAUAUUUUCCGUUUUUUGGCCCUCGUGGUUGCUGCGCACCAGGUGGUGGAUGCUGUGGUGACCACGCAGGAGCCCCAUGCUUUGCAGCAGGACAAGAGCGCUGCUCGCGAAUUUGGCGGUUUCGCGCUUACUUCCGUCUUCCGUGUCGGCAGUUUGGAGACCGCUGCUCGACCGGAAAUCAUCGAGCACCGCGUUCCCACUACCACUUCUUCUGACAACCAAGAAGACAGCCAUGCCUCCGAAGGCGAGCAGAACCAGAAGAAUGUGAGAAAGCUCCAAUCUGUUUCAUUCGCCGAUGAGCGCGCGAAAGUGCGAACGUUCGCGAACAUGAACCGCGUCAUCUACCCGACCACUGACUACUCCAACUUUAAGGCUACCACAAAUCCAUCUUCACAGGCAUCCUAAGACCGUUUUGAAGGGGGAAAAGGUUCCAGGAUGCGCGCGAAGAUGGAUUUCUUUUAGUUCUAACAACUACAUGGACAAGCUGGGGGAGGUGUUUGAGGCUGGACUCAACUUUUUCGGAACCGGAGAAACGGCCGCGGAUCGCGCUACCUCCGAAACCGCGCUUACGGCUACCUGGCACUCGGCGAUGAGCACGGCAAUUGCAGCGGAUUCGUGGACGGAUAAUUAUGAUAUUAACACAACUGAAGAUCAUGCGAGUUGUAUAAUUUAGUGGAUUUAAUACUUGUUCGAAAGUAAUAGUUGUAGCACGUCGUCGAGAAAUUGCACUUAUUCUUUUCGUCAUGGAGGCACCAUUGCUAUAGCUUUUGUUCUUCCUAUAAGGCGUCGUUAGAUCAUUUUGUUGUGAGUUUGAUGAAUUUCUGUUCACUCUCUUCUAAUCCGUAUUCGAGCCUAGUGCGGGCGAAGAGAGCGGUUUGGGCGUUGCUGCUGCUCUGUACCAAAGUAGCACGGAUGCAGUGUUGGUCUUCCGUGGUUCUCACACCGCAGCCGACUUCAACAACAUGUUUCUGUGGUUCGAGGGUUGGUUCACGGACCGUCUGCAGAGUCAGAUGAUGUCCAACUGGCAGGACGCUACCGGCGAGUCGCUCACUGAUGCGAUGACAGAGCGCGCCACCGUGCCAGACCUGAAGGAGAAGGCCGCGUUCUUGGCGGCAACCCAGGGACUGCUCGUCAAGCAAGACAUCGACUGGACGCAAUUGGGGUUGAGCAACACGUGGAGCUUGAUCAACGAAGGCUACUGGCCGCUUACGAAGCAGCUGGUGGAGUCGGUGCUUCCGCAAGUCUCCGGAAAGAACUUCUACAUCACUGGUACUAUUUUUCUUCCUGUGUAACAUCUACGACGCGCCUAUGGCAGUCUACACUGAACGUUGUGCGAGAUUUAUGGAAUUGCAUUCUGUAGCCCUUACGCCUACAGAGGUCUGUACUUCAUUACUUGCCGAUCUGUGCUCUUUGAAAAAAUUGCUUACCGUUUUGUAGGAGUCAUGCAAAACCCAUCCAAGAAAAGGGUUGCAGGAGAAUUGCUCCUCGAAGCGCAGUAAAUUUUUCCUAUUAUCAGAAGGGUUUGCGUUACCUCCUAGGAAUAGUGAACGGAAAGACGAAUUAAGGGGGUAGAGACUCUGCCCUAUGCGUUCACUUUUCCGUUUUCAGUCAUAACUCAUAAGAUACAGCACUUCAUCUCACUUACUUCCCACACUACAUUAAUCAGUUGUAGAAGCCUCAAACACACUACAUCAUUUUUUCAGUUGUAUAUGCAACAGCUCACUUGUGCCUCUUUUCCCUACAGGUCACUCCCAGGGCGGUGGUCGUGCAUCCCUGGUUUCUAUGUGGUUGGAGAAGACCAAGGGCAUGACUGUGCCUACUUACACUUUUGACGGUGUCGGCGUCCAGUGCGCAGUCCGCUACGCCUUGCCGGCAGCCUACGAGGCCGAUGUCGAUGUGACGAUUCUGCAUCCGCAGAUCACACAGUACGUCCACGCCUUGGACGCGUACGGCCGUAUGGACUAUCAGGCGGGUCGUGUCUGCAAAUUCGGGACUACAGAGUUGCAGGACACGAAGCGUUACUCCCCAGCCAAGGACUUCUGCGCGCGCUCGGUCGGGUGGAGCGGUUCUCGUCUGUUGCUGCCCGUGUUCGAGGAGCAGGAGAAAGACUUCUCGAUGUGCCGCUACUUCACGCAUUGGUCGACUGCGGUGACGCACUAUUUGGACCAGGACAGCGUCUUGAACGCAGACGGAACGACGGACGGCGGGUGCGCCAAUGAGCAGUUGGUGCCCGCGGGAGAUCCGCAGAAUAUGUGCCCGCCGUGCCGCACCGCGCGCUGUGCCGUCAAGCUGCCGGAGUUGGCCUUGAACUGGGAAUCCAAGGUGCAGGAUGUGAAAACCAGCAUGCCUCUGAACCAUCCGUGCUUGGCCGACAACUCCUUGGCGGUCCCGAUGAAGGUCGAAUCGGUCCCACUCUCCGGUGAUUUGACGCAGGGUGGAAAGUUCCAGCACUGCACGUUUUUAGGUGGUGCGCACGACUAUUUGCUGACCGGAAAGAGCGGCUCCGGCUCUACCCAAGCCUUCAACAGCGUUUUCCGCGUGAAGAAUUUGGCGGUGGAUGCAAACUUUCAGGGCACUUUCGUCUUGGCCGACGUUUCCACGGCUUCGGAAGUGCGCUUGCACGUCCUCUUUACCUACACCACGGGCGCUUUGUCGACGCCUGUCACCGCCAUUGACGCGGUGUUGACGCAGAAUACCAAGUCGUGCGGCAUGGUCCACUCCUUCGUGCAGGUGUGCGCAUCGGCCGUGCAGGGUGCUACUGCCGAUGAUUUGACCAUGUACGCCGGCGUCUCGCGCAAGAACAUGCAGUCGCAGUUGCUCUCCUUCAAGGUCGCAGACUUGGCAAAAGUAGGCGGAUUGGCAGUGCAUUCCGGACAGGUCGAGUUGUUGCUUCCCGGAAAAGACAGCGAGACCGCGAUCUCGCAGAAGUUGGCUCAGGUCACGACUCUGGCGCAGGCCUACAACCCCCUGCCGGAUCAUCCGAAGCUCAUUCCAGACACGCACAUGUGCUUGAGUGGGUUGACCGCUGACCAGAAGACGGCGAACGCGAAGCCCUUGUCCAUCGUCAGUGGAGCGGACGAAAAGUGCUUGAUCGUGUCGGGAGGCAUCGGCGCAAAGCUGUCCACUGUUGCAUCCACCCCGACGAACAACCCGCCCACCGCGGCGCAGGCAACGAACUGCUUGGAUCAGGUAAUGACUGAGAUUUUUUUCUUUUUGUCAAUAUUUUUUCAAUUCAAAAUGCUUCUUCUUAACUCGAAAUAACAGACGACAUAUUACCCGUAGGUUGUAUCUUCGUCAUGAGAUGAAAACUUUAACUUGUCUUCCAACCCAAAAAACGCACGACAGGUGAAGCAGCGCAUUCAGGCUGCCGGCGCUGAGUCUCUUGACGUUGCUUUGAUCAACAACAUGCUUUCGGAGAUGCAUUUGUUGAAUGUCCCUUCCUUGGCUACGACUGUGAGCAACAUGCAGAAUCUGGAUAUCUCGGCUUGGUUGGACGAGGUUAAAACGUGUGCUGCCAGCAACCCGAUCCUGAGCGAGUUCGUUUGCGAGGCCUUGAACAAUCCAGCGCUGCAGCCAGCCAUCGGCAGUGACGAGGCCGUGGCCAACAAGCACAUCAAGGAUGCGGUGCACUACUCCAUCUUGUUGGAUGGCAUCACCAAGAGCAUCUCGGCCGAUGCGAACGGGGGCUCCGGCAUCUUGACCGACGUCUUCAACGCAGUCACGAACAACCGACCGGCCGACUGGAAGAGCUAUUUCAACGCCUUCGAGAUCGCGAAGACCUUGACCAUGGAACAGGUCGUCUUGGCCUACAUGCCCUCUACCUCUUGGGGCGACAACGACAGCGCCAAGAAGUGCUGCACGAGCGGACAGGGGGUGUUCGCGCUGCGUGUCAACAUCCUCGAGGCCGUGCUGGAGGACCUGCGACUGGGCUUCCCGGAGAACGCCGAUGCGGGGAACGCGAUGGUCGUCGUCCCGGAUCACAAGUUGUCGGUCACGAAGAUCCACAAGGACCUGUACGAGACUUGGAACAUGGCCUUCGUGAGUCACUACGCCGAAUCUCCUUACUUCUACGCCAAGUUGAUGGCACCAGCGGUCACGUGCGCGUUGCCGGAGGAGUACCUGUUCCAUCGCUCCAUGGCCCUCUUUUUGCACAUCUACGGCGUGCUGUACUCACGUGUGGCACGCGCUAACGGAGGGACCCCGGUCUACGAGACGACGGACUGGAACAACGCAGUGAUGACCUCCCGCUGGGGUGUGAUCAACAAGAACACGGCUAACCCGUGGUUGCUGUCUGAGUCUUUGGGUGUCACCUUUUCGGAGGCUGGCAACGGUCUGCGUCUGGACGUCGUCGCAGAAGUAGGCGACGGAAGAAUCUUGACGAGCACGAUUGCGGCAUCUUUGGCCAACGGCGUGUCGGGACUUGAAUUCCAGGUCACUGGCGAUCAUGGUACCACGUCGCCAGCCGCUUUGUUGCUCUCUGCCGACACCGAUUCGUGCACGGAUUUGGGUCUCGCUGGUCUGAAACUGUGCGUGAAGAAGCUCCUCGAGGUUGCCUCAUCGCGCCGUGCUUUGACAACUGGAAGCAGCUCUUCUAAGACCAAGGUUCUUGCCACCGUUACUUCUGCUGCAGGAACUUUGCGCAGCCCUCAGAUGCAGGUUUUGGAACUGGACACCCCGCAUCCGUGUCUCAUGCGCGCUUGGCAGGGCGCCGCCGACAACUUCAGCGUGAAGCAGAUGGUGGACUCGGCUACGGCUUCGAAGUCUUGCACGGUUUUGAACGAGAACAGCUUUCUCUCGGUCGAUUCCGUGUGCACGAGUGCGACUGAGUGCUCGAUCAACGCGAAGGUGGACCUCUUCGGAGCGCUGGCUUCGUCCACGCGCCGCGCUUUGGACGCCCGCCAGGGUAAAAAGGGCUCUUCUUCUUCGGAUGCGGAUUCCGACUUGGACGACGAUGAGGAGGUGAUCGACUCUGCUCGUGCGCUGACUACGACCAGCGUGUUGGACGCUGUGCAACAGCAAACCUUGGCCCUGAACUUCGUGAAGAAAGCAGAUAACAGCGAUGUGCGCGUACAGUUCGAAGUGAACGGCUACCGCAUGUUCGAUGUCGAUUUGACGGAAGAGUCUGAGCAGUGCUUGGGCGCAUCGGAGUUCACGAUUUGCGUGGAACGCAGUACUAGCGGAAUGACGUUACCAGAUGGUUGGAGUGUCACAGCAAGUGGCUCCGGCCGCCGCUUGUUGGAGACUUCUGAGUCGGUCGUGGGUCUCACGGUUAGCUCGACUUUGCUCUCCACUGAUGGUGCUGCCGUCAAGAAGGUGUUUCCGCUUGCUGCGUUGGACGCGUCCUCGAAAGCGAUGCAUGUUGCCAAGGGCAUUUGGGUCGGCAUCAACAACAAUGAGGGCUUUGACGCCACGAAGGUGGCAGCCACGCACGACGAGUGCCGACACAUCACGUGCCCUGCGGGACAGGUCUGCUUCAAGGGUGCAACCACAGCCCAAAACCCGUGCUACCCCGACUUGUUCACUACCCCGACAGGAGAGUCGCGCUCUCUGAUGCAGCAGUUGGUGCGCCUCGCUGGUUCUUCCUAUGCCGAGGACGUGCGCCUGGAGGACGACUCCUGGGGCGUCGUCGACUUGUACGAGGAGGAUGGUUGGAGCGUGCACAAGCGCUUCUGUCUCUCCCACGAAAGCGAGUUUCCAUCCGCGAUGCAGCUGGCCGCACGUCAGGACUGUGCAGUGAUCAGCAAGAAGACCGAGAGCGGCACCGGCAGCAAGCUCUGCGCCAUCACGUUCGAGGGAAGCGAUGACGAUUUGGAGCCUAUCGAGCCCGCUUUCAGGAUGGGCACGACCAUGAUCUCCGGUUACGAGGUCUGGCGCGGUUGCGCGCGCGAGUACAAGCGGUUCAAGGAGCAUGCGGAGUUCCCGAACUGGCUCUCCAUGUCGCAGGACAGUUCCCAGUGCGACCAGGUGUACAUCACUGGGCACUCUUUGGGUGCUGCCGUCGCGGUACUGCACCGUCUGGAUAUCGAAUACGGACGAUUGGUCACCUUCGCCAGUCCGCCUGUCUUCGCGCCGUACUCGUAUCCGCAGUUCUGCUUCGGCGACAGCUUUCACAUGCAGCAGGACAUUGUGAAAGCCUUUCCGUUGGGAUUCCGUCUCGGCGGGUUGCGCGAGUACUCUCUGUGCGCUAACCCCACUGGCUUGAUGAACUCGAAAGGCUGCAACGGCUUCGAUUUGGGGGAGGUGAACUUUUGCGACAUCCACGAGCACCAUGUGCUUUCCGCCUAUCGCUCCUUCAUGGACGCCAACGCGCCAGCUUCGAGCCCGAAACCCAGCGCAGGUGUGUGCACGAACACCAGCCCGCAAGCUUGGAUCGACAAGUGCGUGGCCGACAAGUGCGCCGCCAACGACCCACGCUGCGCGAUGGGUGCAGAAAUCUUCAAGACGCAGCUUUCUUAUGAGGCCAUGCGUGCCGGGGCAAUCGCGCAGGUCCGCCCUGGCGCGCCUCCAGCAUUGCUUCUCAACCCGACUAGUGCCGCUACUGCCACCUCGCCUUCGUUCUCGGUGCCGGAUCUGCAGGAGCUGGAACUCAAGGUGAAGAAUCCAAACCUUUGCCCGACCUCUCUGUUGGACCAGUACGCGAGCGCGGAGCGCAAGGUAUGCACGGCGAUCGACGAGCAGAGCAUGCUGUUGGCUCACGGCAGCCGCGUGAGUGGAGAGACCGCUGUGCAGCUCACGGCCUUGCUCUUCCAAGGUGUAGACCCCGCCUCAAGUGCAGCAGCCGUUUCUGAGACCGCUGCUUUGGUUGUGCACGUUGCGUCUUUGCUCCCGGAGGAAAAUGCGCUUUUUGUUCAGGCGUAUCCGAAGAACGCACCCGAGGCGUUGCGUAUGCAGUACAAAUUGACGCCGCAGCAGCUCUUGUGCCGCGGCAUGACCAACCUCGCGCGCGUCUGUCUUGUCUACGAACAGAAGUCGGCCGCAACGACGAAUGUGUACUCUGUAGAUCUCUACUCCUUUUUGGGCACGGCUUCGCCAGACUCCGCCUUCAAGCUGCACAUUGCCGAUGUGGAUGUUACCGCCGCAUCGCUCGCUAUGAGUGGAAGUUACACGAUUGUCAAGGAGUUUGGCAACCUCGAACAACGAUUUUUGAGCAACGGCUACACGGAAGUUGAGAACGAUCUGUCGUUCGUCGGGAAGUCAACUGAACAGGACUACUGCGCGAAAAUUGUACCAGGACUCUUCUGCGACUUCGAUGGUGGUGACACGGUUUGCGAUGGAUUCAGCAACGCGCGUUGUCUUAGGGGAGGUAGAGCUCUUUGAUAUUUUGACUUUGUUACUUCUGUUCGGUCUAUGUAUAAUUAUACCCAGUCGUACGGCAUGGGGCUGCAGCGUCUUGGCGCCGCCGACGGUCAAGCAUUUGGCGACAGGAGCAGGCAGAUUCGUUGGUAUGAGCGGGCCUCAGGUGCAGCGACCCAGCCGGCGACCGCCGCUGAGGAGGCCAUCACAACUAGGGGAGACCCUAGUCGCGGCAGCAACAGGAUUCGGCCCCCGAGGCGAUGCUGGCGCGGGCCCGGCCUCCUGCGGGAAAAGCAGAAGCGGCGGCGCAACGAAACGUGGGGCUUUAGGGAAGCGCAAUGCCACGGAGGCGCGGUAGGGCGGGCGCGAGGGCCUCGGGGGGUCGUCGUUGGGGGUAAGUAGCCCCUAGUGCACGGACGUUGCACAUAUAUCGCCGAAGAGCGACCCGCGGUGGAUUUCUGGGGAUGCUAAACCCUUACUGAGGCGCUGAAGUGUGUGAAGCGCUUCUCCGCGUUGGCUGAUGAGAUCUAAGAGGAGGCGUCGCCGGGCAUCUUUAUCAUAUGCAGAGGCGGCGACUCUCCAAGCAAGCGGCCGGCUCUCUCGAAGAGAGGGCGGCCCUCCAAGCAAGCGGCUGGCCAUAUCAUAGGCAGACAGAUGCGCAAGCGAGAACAGGUGGACGACUAAAAGAGCCAAGCGGCCCCGCUCGAUCUUUUGGCCGUUGGUGUUGUAUGUCGGGGGCGUCGGGUGUUCCAAGACAGCAAAGCCCUGCGGUAUGAAGUCCGGAAAACCGUGCCAGGUCUUGGACUGAAAUCGCCAGGCCGAGGCACCGGAGGCGUUGCCCGCAAAGAAAGAGGGAGGCGCGGCGCUUCUCGAGUCUGUCAACGCCGCAGCCAGGUCUGCAGCUGCGGCUGUAGCGACUCAGACGGCCUGCAGAGUGGAACGAGCGCGGAGGCAGAAGGCAAGCCGGAAAGGACUGGUCUGGCCCAAAGCGUUGCGCCGCGGGUCCAGCUGUCUGCGUGGCCGGGUCGUGCGUUCACAUACUUCCCGCAGCUGGGUCGAUACUGACUGGGCUGGCCUGGCCCCCUCGUAAGUGCGCGCGCCUGCCUCGUGAAGCUGCUCGCAGGCGAAGGCUUGGGGCGUCCGUGGUGUUCGUGUUUUUGCUCUGUCUUGUUUUUCUGUGUUUUUUUGGCCUGGUGUGUGUUUGCUCUUUCUUUGGUAUGGGAAUGCGUUAACCGAAGGGAGCUGGGCAGGCUUUCUGUCUCGCGCUUCGUGGAUGGUCAGCGAUGGAACGGGGGGGAGCCGGGGUCACCGCGCAGCCUCGAAUGGGGGGAGAGAGUGCCACCUGACUGAUGCCGUGCUAUCUCUUCGGCGGAGUGUUUUCUGGGCUGCUUCUGUGGUUUCGGCCGGGCGAUCUCCGUGUUUGCUAGGAUUAAUUUUUUGUAUGUCAAAGAAUCGGUCGGUGACGCCAAGCACAGGAUAGAUAGCCACGUGAGACUGCGAGGGCUAGUUUACCAAAGGCAACGAAAACAGAAUCCGUAGAAACAGCUUCUGUGAUUGAUAUUGUUUUAUAUGUGUAUUCUCUCCAAAUCUACUGCAGGUGUUUGCGGUUGCGGUGCAAACAUGUGUGCCAGUGACCAGGGUGUUUGCGUACCAGACACCGCCGCUGACGCUUUCCGCACUGUUGGUCACCCUUGCAUCGAGAAGGAUGCUGAUUUCGAGUUGUUUCAGCUGCAACAGGAUCCUUCCAUGGGCGCGCCCUAUGAGCGCUGCGCCAUCCUUGGCGAGAAGUCUUUCGUUCGCAUGCAGUAUCCUAAGGUUGGUGAAGCCUUGGCCUCUCCUACCGAUUUGACCGUUUCCGGUUUGGUCCGUGUUGGCUUUUCCGUCGUGCCGCUCUCCUUGGAGCGCCAGGUGCGUUCGCGCGUGCAGCUAGUGCAGGACGGGGCGACCGGAAUGAAUUCUCUCGCACUCGAGUUGAGCGAGACCGACCUGGAGUCUGGAGUGAGCAGCACUUUGGUUUCGCAGACUGUGCCUUUGACCGAUGCACAGGAGACUUGUGCCCUGGUUGCCAGCGGAAAGAAUCCAGCGCAAUCUAUCCCGAUCGCGGAUCUCUGUGUCCGAACUGAAGGUCCAGGCGGUGUUCUUCCUGGCACGACCCGUGCUCUCAGUACCGGAGACAGCGUGGAGAACACGAUUGCUGUCUCCUUCUGUGUGCCCGCGCUCUUUAACAGCUGCUACAGCGUGCCGGUUGCGAAGGUAGUGAAGACGAUGCCCAAUGGUGGAUCUUCUGGCUCGUCUUCAAGAAGAUUGUUGACCGCUGCGGACCCGUCUGCGCCGUCUUACUCUCUGUCGCCUUCUGUCCCAGCGGCGAAUGAGGACAUGCAGCAGACACCAGCUCCCGAAAGUGAGAAACCCGCAACUCUUUCUCCGGCAAUCAUCGUUUUCAUUUCCGUGCUUUGCAUCACCCUUCUCGUCACCAUUAUCUGCGCAUGCAUCGCCUAUAUGCGAGAAUACCAGAAGUCCGAAAAGACCACUGGCCGCUCGCGCAACGCGCGACUCUCUAGUUCCAGUAUCCAGGGUGAGGAACUCGGAACCUUCGACAGCAACGAACGGCCGUCACCAGUUAUGCUGGCGCGUUUGGAGAAUCCGCACUUGUUCUCUCGACUCACGGGACGAAAGGAUAUAGUGUGGACCUGCUCCAACUGGAUCCCGAAGAACGCAAGUGUUCGUCGCUUGCUCCUCAAUGCCUGGCCGAUGCACGUCGCUCGUGUCGUCUUGCGCAGAACGAAGGUAUCUCUAGUUUUUAGAGUUGCUGGACUCUCUAAAAACGAGAGCUGGAUAGGAAUGAUAAUUGCGUAAAGUGACAUUUCAACAAUUUUGUCUUCUUCACUUGCUAGGUGAUUCAACUUCCGUUGUUCCCCGAUGAGAAGUAUUGGACUGACGCCACGUUGACGCCAACGAUCCGCUCUUUCUUGGCUUUCCGCCGUAGUAUUCUGAUGAUUUUUGUCGGUUUGGCCUUGGUUAUUGUUGCUAUGGGGGGCGCUCAGGAGAUGCCAAAGGUCGUCUCUACGCUCAGUUCCGACACCGAAGCCCUCACGCACGAUGACGUGAAGAGCAUGCUGUCUAUGUUCCGCGCUGGUGCAGGCGGACUCAGUGGCAGCCGUGGUUCCCAAAACUCCGGCGCAGCCAGCACGUUGCGCCGCAGAAGUCUCUUUGCGGCUGAGCCUUCUGCAGAGCGCUUAGGCGGUGAGAAGCGCUUCUUGCAGUCUGGAGUGGCUGUGGCGACUAGCUCCAGCGAGGUGGAUGACUACACAGUAGAACAGGCAUUCGAAGUGAAGCGCAGACUGUCAGUUUUCUACACAUUGAUGUACAUGUUCAAGCUGUUCAUGGCCGCAUUCACGCUCUUGGCCGCAUAUCGGGCCUUGUGCCUGUGGAAGGACUACAAAGCGAGCGCAAAGUGGACCAUUAUGGCGCUCACGGUACUCCAAUCUGUUCCUUAGAGACGCUACUCCUGAACAAGGUUCGUGUUGAUUUGUCAUGGCUAUGGGAUUUCUCAUCUAUCUCAGUUUCGGGCCUACGCCACAUAGAACUUACACUUAGCUCCUUCAUUCAUUGUAAGAAAAGACGAGAAUCAAGGGUUUCCCUCCUCCAAUCAAUGGGUUCCUCCAACCUCUUAGGUCCGAAUGUCGAUUACUGUGCUGUUAUCCUGGUUCCCGUGGUAUUACAUGUUAUUUCCCGAUCCAGAGGCGCGACCGGAAUACCUCAAUACUGCCGCUAGAAUGUUUAUCGACGUUAUGCUUAACUUGCCGGUCGCUAGCGUCGCUAUGAUGGUACUCCUGCUAACUUUGAAUGAACUCCCACCUGGAAUGUGAUUCACUGGUGUGUGACGUAAGUUUAUUGUUCAGUUUGAUGACUUUAUUUUAACGCUUGUUUCUAUUCAGAUUCACCAUGAGUAGCUCACGAAUUCCACGUCGAAGAAAACCUCAGGUUCCUCCGGGGGUCGUUGGCGGUGCGCGACUUGUUAUGGAGCUUCUCCCGUUUACGAUCGUUCCGUACAUGAUCAUCUUCGUGACGCCGCUUUUGUCGACUGUCAUGCUCUGGCCGGUAUUUAUAAGCUGAUAACAACCUUUUUUUUGCGUACUUCCUUGAUCCACGUUACCUAUCAAGAAAUGUAAGUGAUAGAAAAUAGAUGCCAAAUUGCAGCGUUUUCUUCAUAGACAGAAUAAGAACCACUUUAUCCUCACUCCCACCCCAUCAGGUUUUGUCUGUGAUCGGUCAUGGUAUGGGCAACUUGAAGUUGUUGUACGGUAGUUUGAUCUACGUAGGCUACUGCAUGAUUACAAGCUGGGCCGCCUUCCGCGCAUUGGCCUCCCUCGACGCCUUUCGCCAGCUUGGUCGUCAGGCAGUGGAGAAAACGGGUGUAGCCGCUAACUCAGGCACUAGUUCCCGUGUCAUCACCGUCGUCGGUGGAAGUGCCGGUUUGAACAACAACAGGGGGGGCAUGUCUUCGCCAGUAAAGAGCAAUAGUGCUCUGUCGUCGCCGCGCAGCUUGACGAGCAAGCUUAGUGGAGCAAAGAUCCAGACUGAAGGUGCAGUGAAUAGAGUGCAGGCAGAGGGUUCUUCGCUGUCGCCAUCGAGCGCCGGUAGCUUCUUGAACAACGCCAUCCCGACGCUGCUCUCUGGCGCCGACAACAAGGUUAGCGACAACGUUGCGACUGAGAAGGAGCCGGUCGUGAGUCGUCGAAAGGACAUUGCUGCUAAUAGUAGUAGUUUCCAGGCAGCAGUAGGUCCCCGACAGAGCGUGAUCAAGGACAGCCGCGAUUCGUCUAAGGAGUCCGCUUCUAGCAGCGACAAUUCGGUGAGCAAGGAAAAUGUUGUGCCACGCAAGUCCUUCGCGCGCCGUGGAUCUGGCGCAAUGACCGAAAUCGGAUCUUGGGUCCUCAGAAAAAUGCGGUCUCAGGACGACAUAGACGAAACCACGAAUCUCCCAGCCAACCUCUUUGCAACGGGAAGCGGAUCAGGAGAUGUACUUCUAUUUUUAGAUGAAAAACAUUGUUUGCUGUUUUUCAUUCUCAAGGACUGCCAAUGAAUUUUUUUGCAGAAUCUGAGGCAGACCAACUUUUCGCCCAAAGAAAUCGCACUAAGGAAAGUCUCAUGUUUUUCCUCUACAUGUCAAAAUAUGAAAAAUAGACUAGACGUAGACCUCCAACGACAUGAAACCUUCUCAGGUCGCAUCCCUGGUUCCGAAGAAGUCUUCGCGUCAGUCUGUCGAAUUAAGAGAGGCAGUUGUACAGGGAACACUUAUGUCGCACUUGCAUUCGAAGAUGCUUCCACAGGUCACAAAGGCCUGGUUCGCAGCAUUUGCUCUCUUCUGGUGCGGUUUGGGACUCCUGCUUUGGGGUAUGAUAUAUUCAAUUUUGAGCAGUGUCAUUUCAGAACUUGCAUGCUCACUUCCUACGAAGAGCAAAGUAGUACCAUACAUGGUCUUGUAAUCUUUGCGCUUGCACAAAUGAUAAUCGAUAAUACAACAUCCAACGACUCUUCACUCAGGUGUGUAUGAGGAAGCCGCCAGCGUUCUGGAUGUCAUCUUUCAGACUGACGAGUUCGUUGGUACUGUGGUAACUAUGGCUGUGGAUGCUGUUAUCAACGUGUUGAUGAUCCGCAUUUGCUUCACCGAUUUGAUCUUCGCUGGCUUGGUCAAGAUGCGACUCUUCAACGGCUACAUGAGCGAUGACACCGUCUUGACCAGCUUUUGCUUGCUUCAGGGCUACUCUUCGGAACUGAACAAGGCGUUCAACAGUGGUGUCAAGCAGAUGCACCGGCAGCUCAGCAUGGAGGAGGAUGGAUCCGGCGGAAGCGGCCUGGCUAGCAGCAUCAACAAGGUGCUGCCGACUUUGGAGAACGUGCAGUCCUUCCGUAAAGGAACCUUGCAGAACAUAGGUACGAACUUGCGGGGUUCGAUUUUUGGCGCCAACGCGUUUUUGUCCAGCAGUUUGGCUGCAACGGGAAGUCCACGAACAACACAUGAGGCGGCAGUCGACGCUGUGGUACCCGCGACAAAGUCAAGUGUGAAGGGGGGACAGCAGCAGAUGACUGGUGGUGUUGCAAUCGGUCAUGCUGCACGCAUAGAGGAAAAGCGAGUGACCGAAGAAGAUGCAGAGAUGAGCGAGGUCGCAGCCGACAUUGAGGAGCCAGAGACAGCAGUUACUACAACGACGAAGGAGCUGCCGGAAGAAGUUUCCUUGGCUUCGCCACUGAAGGAAGCUGUCAAGAAGGGCAGCAAGAGCAGCGCGCCAUCCGUUGUCGUGGGCACGCCAACGCACUUUGGUUCGGGCGCAGCGGCAACAUCAGAGGUGAUGAGCAUGCAGAUCGACAAUCUAGACCAAAACCACAUCACGACCUACCGAUCUGGAAGUGCAGACACACCGGGAACGCCACCAGGCCACAGCACGACGACCAUCGUGGCCACUAAUUCCACUAUCGUGUUGAACACCAGCAACAACGCUGCACUAGAAACUUUGCUGCGCGAAUUCCAGACCUCCAACAAUGGAAACGCGGCUAGUAACAAUGCUAAUGCUAUUACCGCAGGAGCUGCUGCGCCAGCUGUAACUGUGAGUGGUGACGACUCGGCGGCGACUCCCGCGGCCGCACCGGAACAGACGAACGGCAUCACUGCCAUUGUCGGUGGAAGCGACAACAUUCUGGUACGUCGCAACAGCGGAGCCAGUGAGAAUGGCAUCGUCUAAAACUACUGGAUGAAGACAUGAUAGAAAAUAUGAGAUCGUAGAUUAUAGAUGUGAAUUCUUCGAAGCUCUCUUGCUUCAAUUGAUUUACAGCUCUUGAAUCGAAAAAUGAAUGAAUCGUGAAAUGAUUAUAUAUGUUAUAGUUGUUCUAGACCUUGAACAAGUUCAAAUUGAUUUGUUAUUUCUAGUGCCGGCAAAUAUAAGAAGGUCUUCUGUUAUCUGUGCAGGCCAAUCAGAAGCGGAACUAGGCUCAACCAAUAGCUACUUCAUUAGAUAACUACUUGUUCAGAAGUUUAAAUUUCUCGAUAGUCGGUAUAAUACAUAAGGAUUAACAAUCCUAGAAACAAUCGCUUAAGUGACCCGAGAAGUAGCAUGUGGAGAUCAACGUGGGGUGGGCGGGAGGUGUGGGAAAGAUCUCACUGAGAUCGUGGGACGCAGGUAGGAAAAUGCUACACUCAUCUUAGCACUACUUUACAAAGGGAAACUUUUGUCAUCUUCAACAUUCAUAGGGAUGGGCAUAUUUGAUGAAUUUUAUCCAUGUUGAUAGAUAUGAGAUUCUUGACCAAGAAAAAUAGAAAACAGUCCAUGCUGUUGGUAAGGAAAGUCACAUAAGUAGAAUCUGCAGAUACAUGCCGUUGAUUCCGAUACAUGUUUUAAUUUCUAGAUUCAAUACUUCACCAGAUGAAGCAAUCAUCAAGAUCACUACUGAUACGAUUUUAGCAUAGAACUUCCCCAAAGUGGGCACCUUUUCUGUUUCGAGACAGACAAAUAAUUUCCUUCAUUAUAGUAGCCACAAAAAAUGCAAAAAUUCAAUGUCGUUUCCUACACUAUAGUGUAUCUUCGUUUUCUAGCCUCUUGAAUAGUUCUAAGUACUUACUUCGAUUUUGAUUGAGUGAGAUUGACAAUUAAGCAGCAUUGACAUGCGUCGCAGUGGCGUACUUGAAACCUCUGUUAUCCACCUGAGCAUUUUCCUGCUUGUAGUUUAGUUAGAGUCUUCUAAUUCACUGCUAUCAAUGAAUGUAAAUUUUUCCUGCGGAUGCUGUAGGGGAUGCUACACACAUCUUGGAACACUGUAAGAUCGUAAACGAAUUGGCAUUGGCAUUGUGAAAAUAAUAGCUUCAUCCUGCAACACAACUUACUUUUCGAUUGUACAGAUUUUCUGGAUAAGAAUGCACAAGUUUGAUAGUGAUUUCAACCAGUAGUUAAAAAGUGUAUGAUAUGAUUGUUUGAGAGUAGUUUUCUUCUAAGUAACAAUGAUAUUCUUCGUUAAUGGAUUAGAUAGUGGACAUAAAGUUUUAGCAUAGAAAAAGUCUUUUUCAGUAAACAAGUGAUACUAUUAAGUGAAGAUAUGUAGUAUACCAGCAUCUAUUACAUUAGUAUACAUAGUGAGUAUCAUCGUUUUAGUAUCAUCGUCUAGAAAUGAAAACGAAAUUUCGGGACGUUCAUCCUACACCACUUGACUAAGAAAGGCAGUAAACAAAGUAAGGAACAGUCUUGUGGUAUUCCAAUGUAAAGCUCUUCAGCGGAGCGAGGACUACACUACGAUGAACGAAAAAAAACACUCUUGCAAUCGGGAUACGUUGCACAAAAUUUAGAAACUCGAAAGACAGCUCCUCAACGAUGAUAAGGAUUAGGAGAAGAAUGACAUAGCAUACAAGACCACACGUAUCACAUGCAUCAUGGAGACAUAGAACAUUCAUAACAAAACAACAAGAGACACUCCUGCUCGCUUUGGAGGAGCAAUGUGCAG